AUGGCUAGUGCCGUCUCGUUCGGUCUCGCCGCCUCCGCGGUGCGCCCCGUGGCUCACGCCAGGCGCACCGCCACCGUCAGGGCCUCGGCGUCGGGGCCCCAUCGCCGUCCCGUCGCCGUCCCGUGCCCGGGCGUCUCCGCGCGCCCUGGGAGCCUCCUCGGCAUGACCCGCCGCGGCUCCGUGCGCGCGCGCAACGUCGUGACCAAGGACAAGGACUCCAGCAAGGACGCCCCGCUCGACGUCGUCGAGAUCGAGGAGUGCCUCUCGGAUGAGGCUUGCAAGACCGAGAUGCUGAGCAAGCUCGAGGAGGCCGUCGCCGACGAGCCCGUCGCUCCCGUUGGGGAGAAGAACGGCGUCGCGGCGAGCAAGAUGGAGGCUGCCGCCGUCGGUGCCGCCGCGCCCGCCAAGACCGCCGCCGUGGCCGUCGCGCAGGCCCCCAAGAAGGCCGAGAAGAAGAAGGUCGAGGUCGAGGAGGAGAAGGUGGCGGUGUCCGAGCCCCCGCUCAACUUCGACCGCCUCAAGUCCGUCGGUACCUUUGUCCGCACGCUCGAGAUUUGGGGCUUCGUCUUCAACUUUCUCUUCCGCCGCGUAGCGCUCAACCUCAAGUUCACCUACAAGGGCGGGUUCACCGAGGCCAAGAAGCUCGAGCGCACCGAGGCCCUCGCCAAGUGGCUCCGCCUCGGCCUCCUCCGCCUCGGCCCCACCUUCAUCAAGAUCGGCCAGCAGUUUUCCACCCGCGUCGACGUCCUCUCCAAGCCGUUCAUCCGCGAGCUGGAGAAGCUCCAGGACCGCGUGCCCCCGUUCCCAACCCCGAUGGCCAAGCAGAUCAUCGAGGAGGAGCUCGGUAAGCCCAUCGACGAGGUGUACACCGACUUCCAGGACGAGGCGCUCGCCGCGGCGUCCCUCGGCCAGGUGCACCUCGCCAAGCUCAAGGCCACCGGCGAGCAGGUCAUCGUCAAGGUGCAGCGCCCGGGCCUCAAGGAAAUCUUCGACAUCGACCUCAAGAACCUCCGCGUGAUCGCGCAGUGGCUCCAGAAGGUGGAUCCGAAGACCGAUGGCGCCGCCCGCGACUGGGUCGCCAUCUUCGACGAGACCGCCCGAUGCCUCUACGACGAGGUCGACUACCAGAACGAGGCCAAAAACGCCAAGGACUUUGCCGCGCAGUUCGCGGGCACCGACUGGAUCAAGGUCCCGCGGGUGUACGACCAGUACACCAGGAAGCGGACCAUGUGCAUGGAGUACGCCCCCGCCACGAAGAUUAACGACCUGGAGGCCAUCCAGAAGAUGGGCGUGGACCCCGACCGCAUGGCGCGCCUCGCCGUGGAGUCCUACCUCAUGCAGGUGCUCAGGUUCGGGUUCUUCCACGCGGAUCCCCACCCGGGCAACGUCGCCGUCGACAAGGGCGACGCGGAGGGUAAGGGUCGACUGGUGAUUUACGACUACGGCAUGAUGGGUCGCAUCGAUCCUAAGGUUAGGAGCGGGUUCCUCGACCUCUUCUACGCCGUCUUUGAGAAGAACUCGGACAGCGCGGUGAAGGCGCUCGGCAAGAUGGGCGUGCUGGUGGAGGGCGGCGACAUGACCGCCGUGAAGCGCACCGCGGACUUUUUCUUGGGCUCGUUCGACAACCGCGUGGAGGAGCAGCAGAAGCAGAGGACCGAGAACAAGGAGGAGUACGAGGCUGAGUUUAAGCAGAAGCGCACGAAGGAGGAGAAGAAGGCGCGUCGCAAGCAGAUCCUCAGCAACAUCGGCGAGGAUCUGCUGGUCGUGUCCAAGGACCAGCCCUUCAGGUUCCCCGCCGAGCUCACCUUCGUCGUCAGGGCCUUCUCCGUCCUGGACGGCAUCGGCAAGAGCCUCAACAAGAAGUUCGACAUCGGCGAGAUCUCCGCGCCUUACGCCCGUAACCUCCUCAUCGACGACAAUCCCAGCGCGCUGCCCCCGCAGGUUGUCGCCCGCCAGCGCGACUGGGAGCGCCGCUUCGACCGCCAGAACAAGGCGAUCGUCAACCUCUUCAAGGGCCCGGACGCCAUCGAGGAGAUCGCCGACGUCGUGCGCGCGAUUGAGCGCGGCAGGCUGAAGAUUCGCGUGCGCGCCCUCGAGGCUGAGCGCGCGCUCGAGCGGGUGCAGGUGAUGCAGGGUCUCAUGCUGAAGAUGAUGGUCGCGUGCGCCGCCUGCAACGUGGGCGUGGUGCUCUACGUGAGCGGUAUGCUGCUCCAGGCCAAGGGCGUGUUCGGGGUCGCCGGUCUCUUCGCCAUGCAGGCGCUCGUCGCGCAGAUGAAGCUCGGUAAGCUCAUCAAGAAGGAGGCGCAGUACGCCGGCGCGGCGUAAACCUGAUACAUACACUAACAUAAUAGCCGCACGCGAAAUACAUUCUUUGUCAUGAAUCUAUCACGAGUAUGUU